AUGGGUUGCAUAUUCAGCAAAAGACGUACUCACCCACCUCCCAAAUUGAGCUCCGAUUCGCAAAUGAAACUUGGUCUUAUCUCAUACAUGGCCGCUUGUAGAGCCAAUUCAGACCAUGAAUCUCUAAACUCGAAGCCCCAGCAACGCACCACCCGAGUUAUCAGCACUAUCGCCGGCGGCGUCCAGAUUCGAUCUCUUUCCUUGUACUCUCUCCGAGAAGUACCCGGUUAUCUCCUCGAAAAUAACGAAGAAGUGGUGAACGCAGUUCUGGAGCAUAAAAAAGAAAUUUGGGAAAACCCAGAACUUGUUGAUCUAGUCAAGGACUAUUUCGAGACCAGUCGUAAGACUAUAGAUUUGUUUAGUCCCUUGAAAAAUGCCUCCAACGAGCCAGCGACAGGCAGGCCAUUGUUCAAGCCGCAAGUACCCGGUUAUCUCCUCGAAAAUAACGAAGAAGUGGUGAACGCAGUUCUGGAGCAUAAAAAAGAAAUUUGGGAAAACCCAGAACUUGUUGAUCUAGUCAAGGACUAUUUCGAGACCAGUCCCAGCGACAGGCAGGCCAUUGUUCAAGCCGCGUUAAACCAAUUUGAUGAAGAGCACACAGAAGGGUUUCCUGGUGAAAAAUCUUCGUAUUCAAAAACUUUACCAGAAUUUAAGAAUAUACAGGUGGCCGCUGACUCAUUUGAUGAUGAGUUUUUCUCGUCGUUUCAAUCAGUUUACCAACGACAAUGGAAAUUACUACACAAAUUGCAAGUUGAAAAAGAUAAACUCGAUAGAAAAUUGAACUCAAAGAUUGCAUGGAGGAAGGCCUCAAAUGUGCUAUUUGGGGUCACUUUUGUUGCGGUGCUGAUUUGCUCUGUGGUUGCUGCGGCCAUGUCGGCGCCACCAGUGGUAACGGCUUUGGCCGCCGCGGCAUCUGCAUCAUUGGGUUCAACGGGUAAAUGGCUGGAUUCGACUUGGACAAAUUGUGUGAAAGUAAUCGAAGAACAAAAGGAGAUAAUCAGAUUGAUCCAUGUUCACACUGAGUACUAUGCGAUUGAGGGGUUGAAAACCAUUGGUGAGCUAGUGAAUAAGUUGGAAGAGUUGAAGUCGUUGUGGGGUGUGAUUGAUCAUGGUUUGAAAAAGGAGGCGGCUGUGGUGAUGGUGGUUAAUGAGAUAAGUAAGAAGCAAGAUGUGUUUGUACGAACCGUGGGUGAGUUGACAAGAAAUUACAAGAGCCAGGAAGAGGAUCUUUGA